AUGGUGCUAACCUCAAGCUUCAAGGUGGCUCGGGCAACCCUUCCGCCCUCUGGGAUGGGGCCUCACGUCGGCCAGGCCCCAGUGACUGCCAUGAUCUUUGACUCAACCCAAAAUCUCCUGUGGGCCGGUAAUAGCUCUUGUCCAACGCAGAGCCACUAUUCCAUCAUGAAGCGAAGUCGAUAUAUCUGCGCGGCCACCAAAUCCGGCUCGGUCAACCUGCUAGAUCCCACUUCGUUGACGGUGGUGAAGACUUGGCUAGCUCAUUCUGCCAUGAUCAAUAACAUGGACGCCCAGCACGAUUUCAUCAUGUCCUCGACCCCGCCCAUUCCCUUCCCUGCUGGCGCCGCCUUUGUCCGGAUGCAUCCUCGGAUGUCUACAACGAGCAUCGUGAUAUCCCAGCAGGGUCAGAUGCACGUGCUUGACCUUGUAAACCCGAAUACUAGCAAUGUUCGACAGGCCAACGUCCUAAACUUCUUAAGCAUGUUUGAUAUUGCGCCGUCUGGCGAGGCACUAGCCCUCGCCGACGUAGAGGGUAAUAUUCAGCUAUGGGGAUCGCCUUCUAAAAUCCGUUUUGUCGACUACCCCACCCCCACCGUCUUUGCCGACCCAGUCGAGCCUUCGCAGAUUGACUGGAACGUGAAUACUCCUCUCAACUCUAUUGGCAUGCCUUACUACCGGGAAGUUCUCCUCUCCGCAUGGCCAACGACCAUUUCAGAGGUCGGGCUACCGCCGACGAAGUUUGAUCACCAGUUUAUAGACAGUCUGAUGCCCGCAGACUUUGGACUCUACGGACGUAAUUCGAGGGGUCUGCGCCGGAACCAAGUUGAUAAAACGAGAAAAGUGGAAAAGGCGACGGCUUCGGGGAUUCAAGCGCCCAAGUUUUUAAGCGAGAAGGCCCGAGAGUCUGCAAAAGCGGUCUCUGGUGCGGAAUCAGAAGAUCAUGUUGAACACUUGCUCACGAACUUAGCAAAUGCGACAGGCUCAGACGACGCCCCCGCAUGGUAUCGGAAUGUGGAAAUCAAGUAUAGCAAGUUCGGUGUUGAUGAUUUUGACUUUGGUUUUUAUAACAAGACCCCUUACUCCGGCCUCGAGAUACACAUUGCAAACUCGUACGCCAAUCCGUUAUUGCAGUUGUUGCAUUUUACCCCUGCGGUUCGAAACCUCGCGCUACACCAUGCUUCCACUUCAUUUGCACAGCUAGGUCUUGUAGAGGAGGACCCUCACGGCUCCUCUUACGCCACAAUGAUCCAAGGCUUGACUAGGUUUUUACUGGAUAAGAUGGUUCAGGACUUCCGAUCACCCAAAAUAUUAAGCCGCAACCAAAAGUUUACGAGGCCUACAUUUUCUCAGGUACUUAAAACUAGUAUCGAAAGGGAGACGACCUCCAAGGGCUGGUGCUGGAUCCCAGAUGAAAUUGGUGUUAUCGUCGACCAAGGCCAGUUCUUUUGCUACGAAGGCGAAGAUUUGAAGCUGCACCUUCAACGAGGCUUUCACGCGGUCCAGGUGUAUUCUUUGAUCGGGAUCACAGCCAACAUUGUUGAUGCUCAAGGGCAAAAUCCGCACCUCGUCGCCGUUGUAGACGUCCAGCCCGUUUCCAAGGAAGAAGCACUUCGGUUUGCCCUCUGGAAAAUGCCCUGUGUACUGACAUUCCAGCACAAAGACGCGAAUCACAAGAUUGACAAUACAUGGAAAGACAGUCUUGACAUAAGUCUCCUUUACCGGGAGCCUGGACCGAAUGUUCGUGGAAGCGACCUAGCUCGCGUACUCAACCCUGAGUCAGAAAUUCCAGCAGCGGACACAAUCGUUGCCCUUGAUACCGAGUUUGUUGCUGUGAGGCAACCCGAGAUCGAGGUGAACUCGGACGGAGAAAGGGAGACUAUCCGGCCUAUAGUGUACGCACUUGCGCGAGUUUCCGUGGUUCGGGGGCAAGGAGAGGAUGAGGGCCUUCCUUUUAUCGACGAUUACAUCUACGUCAAGGAACCAAUCGUUGACUACCUGACAUCGUACUCGGGGAUCACGUCUGGCGAUUUGGAUCCCAGGCUAUCCAAGAGGAACCUCGUUUCCUUGAAGGUAGCCUACAAGAAGCUAUGGAUCCUGCUCAAUCUCGGAUGCCAAUUCCUCGGCCACGGUCUCAAACAGGACUUCCGCGUCAUAAACAUCCAUAUCCCCAAAACCCAGGUCAUUGACACGAUUGAAAUUUUCUAUCUCAAGUCACGAUUGCGGAAACUGUCGCUUGCCUUUCUUGCCUGGUGUCUCCUUAAGGAGGAUAUCCAGCUCGAAACGCACGACUCUAUCGAGGAUGCUCGUACUGCGCUCAAACUGUACCGCAAGUUCCUUGAAUUCCAAGAUGCCGGUAUUCUCGAGACAAUGCUGCAGGACAUUUAUCGAACCGGCCGCGAGGUCCAGUUCAAGCCUCCGCGCCGCGAUGGGCAAGAAGUGCAACGGAUAGAGACUCCGCCGUUGCCAGUUGAUAGUAAUAGCGCUGCGCCCCCACUAACUCCGUCCAAGAACGCCGCCGGCGGUGGUAAUAUGGCAACAGCCCCUGGGUCAAGCCACGGCGGUGUUGGCGAGAACUCAAUAGGACGAGGUCCAUCCUUUGACUACAAGUACGGGAAAUAUAUCCACCUAGAGGUUUCCCUCCACUACAUGCAGGCGUCCAAGACCCCCGGGGACCUGAGCCUAGGUCCUUUCCUCCUGGUUGAAGAUGGGCUGUGGCGUGAACACAACGUUGAAGGAUCCUGUUGCGCCCUCGCCAUGUUUUCCGCCGCAGAUGUGACGGAUCGCCACAAUGGCUCAGGCACUAGCCGGCGCGUCCUGGAAGCCUCAAAAGGCUAA